UCCUAAAAUGUGUUAGUGUAAUCUUUCUUCUUCUUCAGAUGGGGAAAUAAUCUCAGAGCAGUUGCAAGGGACCUCUGGAGAUCAUGUAGUCCAAACCAAGAGUGGUGAAGAGACCCUACUACAAGCAUAUGUUGCAAAACAUAUAUCCUGGGUCACUAUCAGCUCUGAAAGGGCUUGCCAUCCUCCGUGGGUGCACAGUUGUUACAAAAUAAAUCUGUUUCUUCUAGUAUGCAUCACUGCUCACAUUAAUUUAAAGUUAUAAUAUGGUACUCAUGGUACACUGCCCAAGUAAACUUUAAAAUUCAAAUGUUAAUUUUUAGCUUUUUUAACUUCCCAGCCUCUCCAGAGGCAGUUGUUAUACUGUUAAUAUACUGUGAAAGGUGUUACAGCUUUGCGCUUCAGUGUUGGGAAUUUUAGAAGUGUACAUGGCACAUUUUUUCUUGUGGUGGGACUGAUGACUCUCAGCACUUGACACUGAUGCUGUUUGAUUUGAUCCUCUUAGAAAGUGACUGUGUUUUCCUCCCUGUAGUUUUAACUUUGUAGAACAUUUUUCUCGUUAUUGCUCAACUCCAUAGAAUUCUUAUCUGGUGGGGUUUUUUUAUGUUUCUUUUUUUCUUUUUGUUUGGUUUUUUGUUUUGGUUUUGUUUUGGUUUAGUUUUUUUGUUUUUAAUAACAUUUUUUCCUUUCUUCCCUUCACAGGUACCAUUAUUUUGUCUUGGGGACAUUUUUAUUUUGAAUUCAGAUUGUUCUCUUUAACUGAUCACACAACUCACUCAUCCUUAGUCAUGGAGGAUUUAUCUUUCAGCUUUACUGAAUGUUGACAACACCUGUGACCUGUAACUGUUUCACCAUCAGUAAUGGAGAGAUGCAGGAUGUUGCUGUUGGCCUGUAUCCCAGCAUGUCUUUACUGAACCACAGCUGUGACCCAAACUGCGUGAUCGUUUUUGAAGGAUACCAGCUUUUACUUCACUCUGUCCGAGAGAUCCAGAUUGGUGAAGAGCUCACCAUCAGCUAUGUCGAAUCACUGAUGCCUACCAGGGAUCGCCAAAAGCAGCUGCUGCGCCAGUACUGCUUUGAGUGUGAUUGUCUUCUCUGCCAGAAUCAAGAGAAGGAUGCUGAGAAAUUGGCUGGUGAAGAGCAUGCCUGGAAAGAAGUCAAAGAUGCUGUAAAUGAAGUGAGAUAUCCAAAAUCAAAAGAAGAGUGGAAGCAUGUUCUGGCAAGAUUCCAGAAUCUCUUGCGCAGCAACAAGGGUCAGCUACCAGAUACAAAUGUCUAUCAGCUGAAAAUGCUUGACUGUGCCAUGGACGCCUGUAUUAACCUUGAAUCCUGGGAAGAAGCAUUGGAUUAUGGCAGCAGGACUCUGGAACCAUACAGACUGUAUUAUCCUGGUUUCCAUCCACUGAGGGCUGUCCAGCUGAUGCGAGUGGGCAAACUGCAGAACAGCCAAGGCAUGUUUCCUCAGGCACUGGAAACCUUGAAAGAGGCCUAUAAUAUUAUGAAGGUGACCCAUGGAACAGAUCACAGCCUGAUGAAAGUCUUGAUGGAGACAAAGGAAGAGUGUGAGGCCAUGAUGAGAAUACAAUGAAGAUAAUCUUGAGUCUGGAAAACAAAAUAUUUAAGGACAAAGAAAAUGUUUUUUAUAUCACUGUGGAGCUUCUCAAAGGUUUUAGAGUCUUGUCUAUACAAAAAGGUUUAAUAUUAGUUUUGCUGUAUAGUCUGAACUGAGAUGGUGUUUGGCAGAAUUCCUGUAAUUUUCAGUGGAUUUUUUUUGUCAUCAAUCAUCAGUCUUAUUGACAAUAACUAACAACACCUAAUUAUCUGAUUGUAAGUAUUGAGACAUGAAUACAGAGUAUUCAUCAGUUACAAAGUGAUCUAAUUCCAUUCAUGUCAGCAGUCAAUUUUUUAUAUCAGUUUAUGCCAGCAAUUAGGAAUCUCUUGUCAGACACAUUAUAAAUUAAGAGAAUAUGCUUUUUUCCCUUUGCUUUGCCCUCUGGUGCGGUUUCCAAAAGCUUGAUCCAGUGCUCUUUGACAUCAGAUAAGUUUCCCAAUGUUUUAAAUGAGAUUUUCUUCCCUCCCAUUAGAUCUGCAGGGCUUUGCCCCUCUUCUUCCAUUUCAUACCUUAUAAUAUUGAAUACAAAAAUGUAUUAAAUAAAAAAAAUUAUCAA